UUAGCGCUGUUUCUGGCAACAUCCACGUGGCGUGAUGUGAUUCCCCUGAUUCGCAUGAUCAUCAUCAGCAGCAGCAGCAGGAGGAGCAGCAGCAGCAUCAUCGUCGUCGCGAGUCGACUUUAAGUCGAGACGCGCCGCUAGGAGAGAAAUCAUUGCGAGAUUAGUCCCCGUCCGAGAUGCUUCGCUAAUUGAAAUCUCCGUUCCUUUUUUUGGGGUGUUGCGCUCCAAUCCGCUCCGUAUAAAAAUAAAAUUUGCGUAGUCAGCGAGUUCGCAAAACCUGUUAAUUAACAUUCAGAAGACUGCACCCAACCGCGUGUAGCUUUCCAAGGGAUAUUUGUGAUGAGAUUAUUAUUAUUAUUCUAAUAAUUAUCCAGAGUCAUUUUGAAUCAUAGAGUCAGUCUUAAAUUGAUAGCGCAUCUCAAGACAACGCUGGAGUUUGCAAACACGUCCUUUUUAUUGUACGCCCCACAGUCGUUCGUCACAGACAACAAAGAGCAUCCCCUCCCCCCGCCCUCCCCACCCUCUGUCCCCCUCACCUCCUUCCCUCCUCUUUCUAGGCUACGUUGACUGUUGGGGCAAGUGCUGCUAGCGAGCACCUCGUCGCACACGCACGCGCGCGCGUAAAUAUCUUUAUCGCAUUCCCAGAGCGGCUCACAUCCCGAAAGCGACUUGCUCAAACUCAUCGCUCUUCUGAACGCGAUGGCGUUACUAGCGCACGCGUGUAACUUCACGUCGUCGUCACCACCGUCCUUCUUCUCGUCCGCUCCCGGCGCAACCCCGUGCGCUCCGGGCACCUCCCUCGUCACCUCGAACCCGGACGCCGAUCCGCGCGGCGUCGACCCGAACAUGACCACGGUCCCGGGCUCGAACCUCACGGGCCCUCAUCCUCACCCGUCGCCCCUGCUGCCCACGUUCAGCGCUGCUGCCCGGGUGCGGGUGUGCGUAACGCUCAUCCUGCUGCUCGCGUCGGCGACCCUCAAUGGCAUGGUGCUGCGCUCGGCGUGCGCUGACAGGCGAACGCGAAGUCGCCGUCAGCGCGGGUCGCACGUCCGCCUGCUCAUGCUCCACCUGAGCGCGGCCGACCUCCUCUUCACCCUCCUCGUGAUGCCCCUGGACGCCGCGUGGAACGUGACUCUGCAGUGGCGCGCCGGCGACGCGGCCUGUCGCCUCCUCAUGUUCCUCAAGCUGUUCGCGAUGUACGCGAGCGCCUUCGUGACAGCCGUCAUCAGCUUGGACCGCUACUCGGCCGUGGUCAACCCGCUCGCGUUCGGCCAGGCGAAGAGACGCAGCCGCGUCACGCUCUGCCUGGCGUGGGCUCUGAGCGCCGUGCUCGCACUCCCGCAGCUGGUCCUGUUCCGCGUUGUGCAGACGUCCCAGCCGGGCCCGCAGUUCACGCAGUGCGCGACGCACGGCAGCUUCCCGCAACGCUGGCAGGGAAGCCUUUACUUUAUGUUCACCUUCGCCUGCCUCUUCCUGCUGCCCCUGCUCAUCAUGGUCUUCUGCUACGCGCGCAUCCUCCUGGAGAUCGUGCGGCGAGGCAGGGAGAGAGAUGGAGUGGCGCACGACGCCAAGGGGGUCACCUUGCGCUGCUCCUCCAACAACAUCCCCCGAGCGCGCCUCCGCACCGUCAAGAUGACGGCCGCGAUCGUGGGCUCGUUCCUCGUCUGCUGGACUCCGUACUACCUGGUGGGCAUCUGGUACUGGUUCUGGCCCUCGGCGCUCGACCAGGGCACCUUGCCCGAGUACAUCAACCACAUCGUCUUCCUCUUCGGCCUCCUCAACGCCUGCCUGGACCCGCUGGUGUACGGUCUGUUCAGCGGCCAGUGGGACGGCACGCUCUGCUACCGCUACUGCUGCUGCUGCUACUGCUGCUGCUGGUGGUCGUCCUCGUCCUCGACGCGCCGCCGCCGCCGUUCCGGAACGACCACCGGAGCGACGACCUCCAGUCGCGGCACAAUGGCGAGCAGCGAGCUCGAGCCGCAGCCAACGCUGGCCACGGCCUCGGUCGACCUCUCCGCCCCGCUGCAGCGGCAGGGGUGCCCCCCCGUUCAAUGACGGGACGAGGAGCAAGGAUGCAGUGGGUAGCGUGUGCGGAGCGGGUGGGUCAGUGGGUGCGUGGGUGAA